AACUUAACAGCAUUCCGAAAUACGAAAAUGAUUCCCAUGGAAACAUCCUCAUCCUCCGAUAACAGUUGUGACAGUUUUGGUUCUGAUAAUUUUGCAAACACAAAGUGCAAGUUUAGGUCGGAUACUAGAGGAGAGCUGGCAAAAAUUUUUCACGAAGCCUCUGAUGAUGAAUACUUCUGUGGCUUUUCAGAAAAUGAGAUUCAAGAUGCAUUGAAACUGGAAUCGGAUUUAGAGGAGAAUGAUACAAGUCCUGCAAGUGAGGUAGCUCAGAGGAGGCAGAAAUGCCCUGUUACUCUAAAAGUAGCCAUGAAGUUUCCACCUCGAAGAUCGGAGAGGAGAAGGAGUGAGUUGGAACCUCUUCCAGAAAAGUUGAUGCCUGCUCCAGAUUCAGACUCUGACUCUGAAGAAAAGGGUGCCAUGUUUUUAGAAAAAAGAGCUUUAAACAUAAAAGAAAACAAAGCAAUGCUUGCAAAACUAAUGGCUGAGUUGAAGAAUGUUUCUGAUAUCUUUGGUGGGAGAAAAUCAUUGCCAGCUGUCAGACAUGGACCAAAGCAGCUUCCAAGGCGUUCAUUGUCCAGAACUGCUUUGAGGAGGAACCCAGACCGAAGUUCUCGGCCUCACACAAGAUCCAGGUCCCUGAUUGAAGGUCCUCCUACUCCUUUACCAGAAGAGGAAGAUGAUGACCGGUACAUCUUGGUGAGAAGAAGAAAGAUGUCUGAUGAAUACCUGGAGCAUGAAGUCCGAACUCCCAGGAGGGGUCACCGUGGUGCUAUGGCUUUUCCACACAUCGUGCGCCCAGUUGAGGAGAUAACAGCAGAAGAGCUGAAUAAUAUUUGUGGAUCUGCAAGAGAGAAAGUAUAUAACAGGGCCAUGGGAUCCACCUGUCAUCAAUGUCGCCAGAAAACCAUAGACACCAAGACAAACUGCCGUAACCCCGCCUGCGUGGGCGUGCGGGGCCAGUUCUGCGGGCCGUGCCUCCGCAAUAGGUACGGGGAGGACGUCAGGGCGGCGCUGCUGGACCCGACCUGGAGGUGCCCACCAUGUCGUGGAAUCUGUAACUGUAGCUUCUGUAGACAGCGAGAUGGCCGAUGUGCUACAGGUGUCCUGGUUUAUCUGGCCAAGUACCAUGGCUACGACAAUGUCCAUGCCUACCUGAAAAGUCUGAAACAAGAACUUGGAAUGGAAGACUGAAGCUGUGACUGCCUUUAGAUUCUGUACUCUUUUUAACCAGUAUCAUAUUAUUGCCUACAAUGAAUUGUUUCAUCAAAUGAAAUUACAGAGCCACUGGCUGUCUUCCCCCCUGCUUUUGGGAAAAAAAAGGAUA